GACCUUCCUACCCCCUCUCGACCCCGGUGGCCAGCCUCGUUCCGAACCGCUGUCCCAGUAUUUCGCGCUGACUCCGCUGUUGCGCUGACGCCCCAACGAGGCCGGCCCGCACGUCGCUGCAGGAGCGCGGCUGAGACGGCCACCAUGCUGGGAGCGAGCGUCGCCUUCCUGCUGGCCUGCUUGGUGGCUCGCGGGGCCUGCGCGGACUCGAACCAGACACAGGAGGAGGCCGACGGACGCCCCUUCUCCUGCGAGGGGAGGCCCUCCGGGUACUACGCCGACGUGGCCAGCGACUGCCAGCGCUACCACCUGUGCGACGGGGGCCGCCGCUUCACGCACGCGUGCCCCGACAUGACGCGCUUCCAGCAGCGCAUGAUGGUGUGCGACCACUGGUACGCCGUGGACUGCAGCGCCGCGGAGGGCGACUUCGGCGCCAACCUGCUGAUUGGGGGGCGGCGCGACCAGCCCUCCCCGGACCAGCGCGCCCCGGGUAGACGCAGGGCGCUGCAGCGCGGGCUCCCGGCCGAGCCCGGCACCCCCCGGGCGGAGGGGCGGGGUCCCAGGAUCACCUUCAGGUACGUGGAGGCGACGAGCCCGGCCGACCACCAGCAGGGGGCGUCGGAGAGCGAGGAGAAGCCCCCGGCACACCGGCGGGUCGCGCUGCCCCGGCAGUACUCGGACAACCUCUUCCUGCGCUCCUUCGUCGAGACCCACGACGACGGCCAGCCCGUGCCGACGGAGCGGACGACGACCCUGGCGCCGGUGACGGGCAACCUCUUCCUGGCGCCGCUGUUCGCGAGGCGCACCGCCCCGACGACGACGUCGACGGCGCCGCCGACGACACCGACGACGACGCCGACGACGACGACGCCGACGACGACGACGCCAACGACGCCAACGACGCCGACGACGCCAACGACGCCGACGACGCCAACGACGCCGACGACGCCACUGCCCGACCCGCGCGAGUACGUGGAGGUGCGUAUCCCCGACCCGCGGCUCAUGUUCUACAUCCCGGACGCCGCCGACGGCAACCACCUGGGGCCGGGUGGCGACUCGACGGUGCUGAUCCACCUGGACCACGGCCACGACGCCAUGGUGUUCCGGCCCGAGGGGCGGCGCGCCCCCGCGGGGGGCAGGGACCCCCGGUGCCCCGCCUGCCUGCCCGCCUUCCUGGCGCCGGGCCGCUGCGAGCCCUGCGUCACCGUGAGGUGACGAGCGGCGCGCACUCGUCCCUCUCGUCUUAUUUAUUGAACACGCCGGCAGAAGCCGUGGACAGUUCACGAGUGCCAAUGAACCUCAUCGUCAAGACUUAACGAACCUCCGCAACUGAGACUGAGUGUUUAUACUACGCCCAGACGACAUCUCUAAUGAAGCUCCUCUGUGGUCUGACCUUCGAGAAACUGUGUUAGCGUUGUGCAGGCCAGUAUGACCUUUGCAUUGUCUUUGGUUUAACCAAACAUGUAAUGUAAUUUCAACAGGAUGUUUGUCUCACGAAAAUGAUACUGUAUGUGAAGAAAUCAUCUUUUCAGAAAAAAAAUGUCACUCUUUACAAUUACUUAUUGAUGUAACUACCAUAGAUGUGUAUGUAUUUUUUCACUGAAAAUCAAACUUAUAUAAUACUAUUGUAUCUUGUUCAUUACCAUCCAUUCUUAGUUUUAUUUUCUCUGGCACCAGUCUAUGGCUACUGGAGGAAAAAAGUAGGAACUCCAACUCGUAUUAAUACUUUAUUAAAUAUUUUAUUGUGUUAAGUCUACGCCAGUGUUAAAAUUUAGAGCAUUGCAUUUUAUUUGUAAUGGCAGAGAAAUGACAAAUGGUUUUGUAAGAAAUCAUCUUGUGUGAUUAACUUUGCUUGAAAUAAUAAAAUUAUAAAUUAUUGCUAUAUCUGAUAACUGUGCAAGAGCCUGAGAACUGUGUUAACAGAAUUUUUAAUUUUAAUUUGCUGAUGCUAGUCAAUAAAUAUACAUGGAGCCCUGUUUCCAAAUAGUAAGGUUGUGUCCUAUACCCAUUGUUACAAAUUAGUAUUUUAACAUAGGCCUAUAUUUUAUAUUAUUCAUAGAGGCUCUACGUUUAAGGAGAGAUGAUUAAAUAGCAAACAUUUACAUCCAAUCUUAUAGGACUAAAGUGCGAGAGGAGCAUCGAUGACAUAGAUUUCACUAUACCUACAUCUUAUCUGAACCACGCUUAAACUCUAUGCUGCAUUAACCGUUCUAUCUCGCGGCAGCUGAGAUAUUGUUACGAGUAUAAUGUGGGGAAAAAUGGGUUCGUAAGUGAUAGCCCAAUUACGUUUUCUUAUAGUUUUAUAUACUACUAAUAUUUACAUUACUAAUAAUUAAUUGUACUUAAAAGUGUCUGAUCACCAAUCACUUGCACUUAUAAAUGUUUAUUCGCAAGUCACUCAAUGUCUGUCUAGUUCUACAGUUCGUACUCGUCACUGGAGCUAGACUCGACAGUAAUUCGCCUCUUACUUCGCGCCUGUCCUCACACACACAGCCUCGCACCACUCAGUCCCAUCGCUCCUCGUCGCGCCGCUCUUGACGGGGAUCCCUCACCCUCUUCACCGAUCUCACUUCCCUUCACUCGCAGAAAUCUCUGAACUCUCGGCACUGCCGCGGAGGCCGGCGUCAUCGCUUAUAUCCCCCAUGGCUUCCUUCUCGAAGGGACGAGAGCAGCUGUGACGUGUCGCAUCAUCUCGGGCCAACCCUACGCCCGAAAAGUCCAGAAAGGCGGCGUUUAUUCGUGCCACUCCGUGCGGCGGCCACGGAAAACCCCGCAGGAUUCCCAGGCCGCUUAAAGUGUCAGUGACAAUAGUCCGAGGUGGAACAAAUGUAAAUGUUGAUAAAAGAGCGCAGAGUGCUGGCAUGUCAACAAAUAUUAUAUAAAACACUGUAAAGGGUACUUUAUGUAAAUAAAAACUUUUGAAUACGAAUACGAAUCGGUGAGCGGGGAGCAGAGGAGGUGGUUAGCCAGACCCUUGUAAUCCAGCCGGGCAUGCGUGGUAUGCGUGACGACAGCGUCCGUGCGAGGCCGCUGGCCAGACUCGCUGGAGGUUCCGCUCUGGUACCUGCACGCGUCGCGGCCUUGCCUCCUAGCACGCAUGUAACAAUAUGAUAUCGACCGACGACCGCACGUCUCCUCCCUGGGUUCGACCUCAGGCUACAGGCUGCCUCCUGGUAGACCUCGCCGGCCCCUGGUCCCGCGGCAGCCCGCUCGCUGUCGUCACCACGACG